AUGGCUUUCUCAUACUCCUUGACUUCGCCUUCGCCAAAUUCGACUCUCUCCUAUUCCAACACCCAUCAAUUUCAGAACCCGUCUUCUUCAUUUCCCGUUUCGUUGUCUGUCUCAUCCCCAAACAACACACGCCGACUUCGACUCCUCAUCACCUCCGCGUUGAAUCCGCAGACGGGACAGCCAACGAAGAAGACCUCGACAGGUACCAGCAAUACUACGAACAAGAAACGAAAGAAAAAGGGCAAAACUGUGAGUCCUAAGGAGAAUUGGGAAUUGAGAGAUGUAGAUGCUCUUGAGGAAGAUUUUGAUGAUGGUUCCGAUUAUUCUUCUUCGACUUCUCUAGCAACGUUUAACUCUCCUCCUACCAUACCCAAACCACCUGCUGGGUUCGUGAUUGAUGAAACUGGUAGAGUUCUUAUGGCAUCUAAGAAGCGAAUCGCUACUGUGAUUGAUCCAACAAACAAUAGCCCUUUGGAUUGUGUGAUAAGAAGAGUAUUUACAAGUAGUAAAGGAGAGGAUUGUAUGCUUCUUUGCCCUGUGGAUACGCCAGUUCAGAUUUUGAAGAGCACUAAUAUAGAUGGAUGGUCAGCUGUCAGUGAUGAAGAGGUUGAAUCUCUUCUUCCUGCUGCUGCUUAUGCUCUUGCAAAGAUCCAUAUGCAUCUAGUACACAGCGGGUAUGACCAUGAUGGCCAAGAUGUUGAAGGCUUGCCGACUGAAGGGAUCGAGAUUACAUGUUUCCAUCUGGAUGGAUCACACUAUAUGGUCUACACGCCUUCAGAUCCACUUCUCUUUGUUGCUGCUAAGGAUCCGAAUGGGCUGCUGCAAAUUGCUGAUGAUGAGCUCUUAGACGACCCAGCUGUGAUCAGCGCUAUAGACGAGGAAACCGAAUUCAAUGCCUUGGUGGAGGAAGAGGCGGCUCUUCUGGAAUCGCUGCUUGGGGAAAGAAUUUAA